AUGUCUAGCAAACCAAACACAGAAACAAGUUUCCUGUUGGGGAAUGCCCAGAUAGUGGAAUGGCCAGUAGUAUACAGUAAUGACGGGUUUUGUAAGCUGUCGGGGUACCACAGGGCAGAAGUCAUGCAAAGGAGCAGCACAUGCAGUUUCAUGUAUGGGGACCUGACAGACAAGAACACAAUAGAUGAAGUCAGGCAGACCUUUGAUAACUAUGAAUCACAUUGCUUUGAAGUGCUGCUCUAUAAGAAGAACAGGACACCCAUAUGGCUCUACAUGCAGGUGGCUCCCAUCAGGAACGAGAACGACAAGGUGGUUCUGUUCCUGUGUACCUUCAAAGACAUAACUGUCUUCAAGCAGCCUAUUGAGGACGAAUCCACCAAGGGAUGGAACAAGUUUGCCCGGCUGACCCGGGCACUGACCAGCAACAGCCGCAGCAACAUGCAGCAGCUGACGCCCAUGAACCAAGUCAACGAGGUCAGCCACAAGCACUCCAGACUGGCUGAGGCUCUCCAGCUGGGCUCGGACAUUCUCCCCCAGUACAAGCAGGAGGCGCCCAAGACGCCGCCCCACAUCAUCCUCCAUUACUGCACCUUUAAGACCACCUGGGACUGGGUCAUCCUCAUCCUCACCUUCUACACAGCCAUCAUGGUGCCCUACAAUGUCUCUUUCAAGACCAAGCAGAACAAUUUGGCCUGGCUCGUGCUGGACAGCGUGGUAGAUGUCAUCUUCCUUGUGGACAUUGUGCUCAACUUCCACACCACCUUCGUUGGGCCUGGUGGAGAGGUCAUUUCGGACCCGAAGCUGAUUCGAAUGAACUACCUGAAGACCUGGUUCGUCAUUGACCUGCUGUCCUGCCUGCCCUACGACAUCAUCAAUGCCUUUGAAAACGGCCUCAGCAGCCUCUUCAGCUCACUGAAGGUGGUCCGACUUCUCCGCUUGGGCCGCGUGGCCCGGAAGCUUGACCAUUACCUGGAGUACGGGGCGGCGGUCUUGGUUCUACUGGUGUGUGUCUUCGGCCUGGUGGCCCACUGGCUGGCCUGCAUCUGGUACAGCAUUGGGGACUACGAGGUCAUUGACGAAGCCACCAACACAAUCAAGACAGACAGCUGGCUCUACCAGUUGGCCACGAGCAUUGGCUCACCCUACCGCUACAAUGCCAGCGGCUCUGGCCAGUGGGAGGGUGGCCCAAGCAAGGACACACUCUACAUCUCCUCUCUCUACUUCACCAUGACCAGUCUCACCACCAUCGGCUUUGGCAACAUCGCUCCCACAACAGACGGCGAGAAGAUCUUCUCUGUGGCGAUGAUGAUGGUGGGCUCCCUACUGUAUGCCACCAUUUUUGGGAACGUCACCACCAUCUUCCAGCAGAUGUACACCAACACUAACCGCUACCACGAGAUGCUCAACAAUGUGCGUGACUUUCUCAAACUUUACCAGGUGCCAAAGGGAUUGAGCGAGAGGGUCAUGGAUUACAUCGUCUCUACUUGGGCCAUGUCCAAGGGCAUUGACACAGAUAGGGUCCUGUCAAUCUGUCCCAAAGAUAUGCGAGCAGACAUCUGUGUCCACCUUAAUAGACAGGUGUUCAAUGAGCACCCAGCAUUUCGACUAGCCAGUGAUGGCUGCUUGCGCUCUCUAGCGGUUGAGUUCCAAACCACACACUGCGCCCCAGGGGACCUCAUAUUCCACGCUGGCGAAAGUGUGGACACCCUUUGCUUUGUAGUAUCCGGGUCAUUGGAAGUUAUUCAGGACGACGAGGUCAUCGCCAUUCUAGGUAAGGGAGAUGUGUUUGGGGAUGUCUUCUGGAAGGAAGCCAAUCUGGCACAUGCUUGUGCCAAUGUUCGGGCUCUCACCUACUGCGACUUGCACGUAAUUCGGAGAGAUGCUCUGCUGAAGGUGUUGGAGUUCUACACGGCUUUUGCCAACACAUUCUCCCGCAACCUAAUUCUCACCUGCAAUUUGCGCAAACGGAGAGAGAUCGAGCUGGAGGUGGAGGUGCGGGUGGAGGUGGAGGUAGGGGUGGAGGUAGGGGUAGAGAUGGAGGUGGAGGUAGAGGUGGAGGAAGACCAAGAAAUUCAGGCGACCGUAGUGGACCAUGUCGUCAACCAUGGUUUGACCUUGAGAGAGGUUGGGCAGAGAGUGCAGUCCGAUCUGAGCCGCUUCACCAUAAUCUUCCGAAAGAUCGCCGAUGUGAAGAAGGAGGAAGAAGAGCGCCGGCAGCAGAAGAAUGAAGUAAUGCUCUCUAUUCCUAUUGACCACCCGGUUCGCAAGCUCUUCCAGAAGUUCAAGCAGCAGAAAGAGAUUCGCAUGCCAAUCCAAGCUCAGCCUGACCUGGAGCGCAACCGGCUUCAGGUUGACCACCACCACCCCCUUACCAAUCUCCCACACCAACAGUGUCAGACUCACCCCUUGCAGCACCAAAAUGGCUCCCCGAUGCAGAAUGGGGCACCUGGCACAGGUGGAGGGACUACAAGCGGUGGCUCCAGUGUAGUUACUGUCUCCCAGAUCACCCCGUUGCAGAGUUCACUGGCCUAUGUCCACACUGGGGAGCCCAUUCACACUGGUUGUCACGAGGUCAAGGAGCUGAAGCCCAGUGUGGUGGACCAGAACUGCCUGAGGGUCACCAGUCUGGUACGGCCCAGGGGUGGAGGUGGUGGUCAAGGCUGGAUGAGGUUUAAGAAUGCUACAGUGGCGGUGCCACUGGCCCCCGAUGAACCUGAAGGGCCACAGCAGAAAGAAGAGGAGGAAUGGGGUGAUGUGUCCCAAUCCUCAGAACAGUUGACUGAUGACAGCAAGAGCCAGGAGGCAGAAGGUGGGGAGAGCAGCAGCGGGGGUGGCGUCAGCAGCACAGGAGAGGGGGCGACGAGAAGAGCGCACUCCACAAGACAGACUCCUGCGACAGUGGCAUUACCAAGAGUGCUGCUCCAGUCCACUCUCCAGGAGGCCAAGCUGGAGCUGAAGGGAGAUAUCCAGAUGCUGAGUGGCCGUUUAUCAACACUUGAAGCCCAAGUUAGUGAGAUCCUCAGAUUGCUGUCUGAGAAGAGGAGGCUCUCACUGCCGCAGACCUCUACCCCCAAGGCUAAGAUCAAAUGCCAGGACAUCUUCACCGUGUCAAGACCUGUCACACCGGACAUUGAGAGAGACAAUGGACCUUUUUGA